GCUGGGCCACGCACCUUCCUGCUCUUCGGCUCAGGCGUCCUUGGACAUGGUGGCCCCCGGCUCGGUGGGCAGCCGGCUGGGCGCGGUGUUCCCGUUCCUACUGGUCCUGGUGGACCUGCAGUACGAAGGUGCUGAGUGUGGAGGAAAUGCGGACGUAGAGAAGCAUCUUGAAUUGGGAAAGAAAUUACUUGCAGCUGGACAGCUGGCCGAUGCUUUAUCUCAGUUUCACGCUGCAGUUGAUGGCGACCCUGAUAAUUAUAUUGCGUACUAUAGGAGAGCUACUGUCUUCUUAGCCAUGGGAAAAUCCAAAGCAGCGCUGCCUGACUUAACGAAAGUGAUUGAACUGAAGAUGGAUUUCACUGCAGCAAGAUUACAGAGAGGGCACUUACUACUCAAACAAGGAAAACUUGAUGAAGCAGAAGAUGAUUUCAAGAAAGUGCUCAAAUCUAAUCCAAGUGAGAAUGAAGAGAAGGAAGCCGAGUCUCAACUUGUCAAAGCUGACGAAAUGCAGCGCUUGCGCUCCCAAGCCCUCGACGCCUUCGACAGUGCUGAUUACACUGCUGCUAUAACCUUCCUUGAUAAGAUUUUAGAGGUUUGUGUUUGGGAUGCAGAAUUGCGUGAACUGCGAGCCGAGUGCUUCAUAAAGGAAGGAGAGCCCCGGAAAGCCAUCAGUGACUUAAAGGCUGCUUCAAAGCUGAAGAAUGACAACACAGAGGCAUUUUACAAAAUCAGCACACUCUACUACCAGCUAGGAGACCAUGAACUGUCUCUCAGUGAAGUUCGUGAGUGUCUGAAACUCGACCAGGAUCACAAGCGGUGUUUUGCACACUAUAAGCAAGUGAAGAAACUUAACAAGCUGAUUGAGUCAGCUGAAGAGCUGAUCAGGGACGGCAGAUACACAGAUGCAACCAGCAAAUAUGAAUCAGUCAUGAAGACAGAGCCCAGUGUUGCUGAGUACACAAUCCGCUCAAAAGAAAGGAUCUGUCACUGCUUCUCUAAGGAUGAGAAGCCUGUUGAAGCCAUUCGAAUAUGUUCUGAAGUUUUACAGAUGGAGCCCGACAAUGUAAAUGCUCUGAAAGACCGAGCAGAGGCCUAUUUAACAGAGGAGAUGUAUGAUGAAGCCAUUCAGGAUUAUGAAGCUGCCCAGGAACACAAUGAAAAUGAUCAGCAGAUCCGGGAAGGUUUAGAGAAAGCCCAGCGGUUACUGAAACAGUCCCAGAAACGAGAUUAUUAUAAAAUCUUGGGAGUGAAAAGAAAUGCCAAAAAACAAGAAAUCAUUAAAGCAUACCGAAAGUUAGCACUGCAGUGGCAUCCAGAUAAUUUCCAGAAUGAAGAAGAAAAGAAAAAAGCAGAGAAAAAGUUCAUUGACAUAGCAGCUGCUAAAGAAGUCCUCUCAGACCCAGAAAUGAGAAAGAAAUUUGAUGAUGGAGAAGACCCUCUUGAUGCAGAGAGUCAGCAAGGAGGUGGUGGCAACCCCUUCCACAGAAGCUGGAACUCAUGGCAAGGCUUCAAUCCCUUCAGCUCAGGCGGACCGUUCAGAUUUAAAUUCCACUUCAAUUAAACCAGCUAUUUUACUGCUC